AUUUGAUAAUUGACUAUAAGUAAAUAUAAUAAAAUUCUCAAAAAUAAAAUAUAUUUUUAAAACAUAAGAUAAUUCUUAAUUAUGUUGUGUUUUAUCUGAAAUAAUAUUUUUUAUUAUAAAAUAUAAAGUUUAAUGUUUGAUUUAUCUUUUUUAAAACAUAAUUAAUAAUUUAUUAUGUUGGUUUUGAUUUAAUAGUUAUAAACAGAUAAAUAUCUAUAAGAACACUAUGUCCGCAUGUGCUCCGCCGUGGUAAUUUUUUUCGCAUAGCUCAUAUUGACACCAUGGCCGCCACAGAAGGACAACAAGUUAUGGCUCUCAUCAGCAAACGUCUGCGUACUCACCGCAAGAAAUACAACCGAAUCACUGAGAUGGAAGAGUCUAUUUCUCAGGGUAAAACACUCAACAAGGAGCAAAAAGAAACCAUCCUCUCUAAGCCAAUCGUCACCGCCCUAAUCCAAGAGCUCGAAAAGCUCCGCCUUCCUCCUCCUUCCGCCGCCGUUUCAGAAGAGAUCAUCAGCCUCCCUGCUAAGAAAAACAAAAAGCAAAAGGCACGUAAGGAGAUUGCGCCUGAGGAGAAAGACGUGACUUCCAAGACAGACAUGGAGGAUUGCAAGGUCUCCGAUGAGGUUUCGAAAGACGAUAUAUCUCCUUGUAGUGAAAGCUCUCAGGACGUUACACCAUCACCACCUUCUACAAGCAGUGGAAAGGCACGACGUAAAAAGAAGUCUAAGAAACCUCAGACCACGAAUUGAUUGU